AUGUAUAUGUUCAGUUCAUUGCAGGAGCAGAAGGAGGACCUCCGGAAGCAGCUCUCGUAUACCACUUAUAACCUGGAGAUGCUGGAGACUGAGUUUGAUGCCACCAAGCAGUACCUGGAGACAGAACUAAGACGGGCGCAAGAGGAGCUGGAGAAGUUUACUGACAAACUACGCAGGAUACAGAGCAGCUAUGCAGCACUGCAGAAAAUAAACCAAGAGCUAGAGGAGAAGUUUAAACAAAAGACACAGCAAUAUGAAGAGGAGAAAAGGACACUCAGUCGAGAGAUCAUCGUACUCAAUAAUCAUUUAAUGGAGGCCAAAAUCACUAUUAAAAAGCUAAGAGAAGACAAUGACCUGUAUAAGAAGGACUGCAAUGGUGCAGCUCAACUCCUCCAGUGUGGAAAAUCCCAUUACAGAGCAAAGAAGCAGUCCAAGCUGCCCAGUGACUUUCAAGAGAAGGCAAGUUCUCACAUGGAGAAUCAUGAGCAUGUGAGGGGCAAGGGUCUGUGCCACUCACCCUAUUCUGAUGCUGCGUCUACAGUCAUUGCCAAAGUCCUGGAGAAGCCUGAGCCAGGUAGUAGCUGCCCAGUCACACGUUCACCUAGCCCUCAGCCUCAAGACUCAGACUUUCUGGCAAACAACAAAAUGAACAGUGUUAAUACUCUCCAACACCAUGUUGUAUACAAGUCUUCUGACCUAUACUGCAGUGAUACAGCACUAUACUGCCCUAUGGAUGACAGGCGACAGGAUCGCUGGCAGGGGCAUCGGAAGAGUGUGGAUCUCCAUGGCAAGAACACCAGCAUUCUCCUACCGCAGUAUGCUAUAGACAGCAACCCAGAGGAAUAUAACUUCCACUCCCAGUACUCCCACAAUGAUGUGGAUCUCCAUGAAUUUGCUGCAGGGUCCACACCAGCCUCUAGCUCUUACUCUAACUUUAGUGUGGCUUCAGAUGAGAAGGGCCUUGCUCCUAGCAGCACCCUUUCCUCCUCUCACCUAGCUCUAUACAUGGACUGGCCAGAUGGUGACACUUAUGAGUGUAAGAACACAUCCUCAUAUGACAAAGAUAGCCCCAGGUUUCCCAAAUUGUUCAUGACCUCCACCCCACAAAAGGGCAACUCUCCAGUCUAUAUGCAGACAGCAUCCUGCUACAAUGAGCCAUAUCGGUCACCGCAGAUCACUUCCUCCCAAAACAUGGGCUCCUCGGGAAGGCCAAAAGACAGCUGCAGCAGCAUCCAUAUUCCUGUGGAGGACCUAAUGGGGCGCUGGAGGCAUCUGAGUGUGGAGGACAUCAACAGGUUUUCAUAUCGCAAUUCUGGCCGUGUUUCCCCUUACAGCUUCUCUGAGCAGCACUUUGCAAUUGGCCCUUCCAAGAUAAAACUAGGGCCCCUUUACAGCAGUGUCCAGGAAGGAGACAAUACCUUCCACACAGGUAUACCAGAUUCCUGCUUCUCCACCUUGCCUGGCUCCAGCUUGGCACCAAGCCCCAAGCACAGUCUGGGUUUGUGUAAGACUGAAAAAGAACCAAUGUACCAGUCAAACAACAGCAUCCAGGAGUCUAAAGGCAGCCACUUCCUUGCUGGAAUCUCGAAAGACAAUGAAAACACUGUGGGAAAUGUGAACACAGAAUAUGUGGAUGUAAGACCCAACAGCUCAGCUGAGUCAUUACACCAAACUCCACUGGAGGCUUCCAGUGUGCAGCACUACCAGCUUCAAAGUCCAGGGCCACAGAGGAAGACUUCUCCACAGCACCAGAAAUUCACAAGUAUAGGACUCAGUAGAAAGGAUAGUCUCACCAAAGCUCAACUGUAUGGGACACUGCUUAACUGA